AUGUUUAAAGAAAACCAAAAUGAUAAUAUUGUUAAAGGAAUUAGUAAAUUUUUCCCUGAUGGAAAAUAUCCAAUUGGAGAAAUAUGUGAAUAUAAAAAUGAUAAUUUGAAGAGAAUAACUAAUGAAGAAAAACGACAUCUUGAUAGAAUACAUUUUGAUGCUUAUAAUGAUCUUCGAAAAGCUGCUGAAGUACGAAAAUAUGCACAAAAAACCAUUAAACCAGGAAUGACAAUGACCGAAAUAUGUGAAUUAAUUGAGGAUGGAACACGUGCUUUAAUUGAGGAGAAUGGAUUAGAAGCUGGAAUUGGAUUUCCAACUGGUUGUUCAUUAAAUCAUUGUGCAGCUCAUUAUACUCCAAAUUCUGGUGACAAAAUAGUUUUACAAUAUGAUGAUGUUUGUCGUAUCAUUGAUUCAGCAUUUACGCUUACAUUUAAUCCGGUUUAUGAUAAACUCAAAGAAGCUGUCAGAGAUGCUACAAAUACUGGAGAAGCAGGAAUAGAUGUUAGAUUAUGUGAUAUAGGAACUGCAAUUCAAGAAGUGAUGGAAAGUUAUGAAGUGGAAAUAAACAAUAAGACUUAUCAAGUCAAACCAAUUCGAAAUUUAAAUGGACAUUCCAUUUUACCAUACACAAUUCAUGCUGGAAAAUCUGUUCCAAUUGUAAAGAAUAGUGAAUUUUUUGCUAUUGAAACAUUUGGAAGUACAGGUAAAGGUUACGUUCAUGAAGAUGGUGAAUGUAGUCAUUAUGCAAAACGUCAAGAUAUUGGUCAUAUUCCUCUUCGAGUAACCAGAGCAAAAUCAUUAUUAAAUUCAAUUAAUAAAAAUUUUGGAACUUUACCAUUUUGUCGUCGAUACCUUGAUCGUAUCGGUGAAACUAGAUAUGCAUUGGCAUUGAAGAAUUUGGUUGAUUCUGGUAUCGUUGAAUCUUAUCCUCCUUUGGUUGAUAUAAAAGGUUCCUAUACUGCUCAAUAUGAACAUACUAUUAUUUUAAGACCUACUUGUAAAGAAGUUGUUAGUCGAGGUGAUGAUUAUUAA